AUGACGACAAGACAUUCGGAUAAUGACUUCGAUACAUCUCGUAUCGGUCAAAUAUCAUCAGCAUCACCGGCUCGUGAUAGUGGUUAUAUUGAACAUACCAAUAACGGCCAAGGUGAAAACGGUUAUAGUGUUGAUAUAAAUGAUAGUCAGAAUGUAAACUUAUCACAAACAGGUUAUUCGCAAGGCAGUGGGAGUGGUGCUGGCGCAUCGUCUGGCUCAAAACCUGAAGAUGAAAGAAAAUUAUUUGUUGGUGGUUUGACGUGGGAUACAACACAAGAAGAUUUACGUGAAUAUUUUUCUAGUUUUGGUAAUGUUCUUGAUUGCUCAAUUAAACAUGAUCCAUCAACAGGACGUAGUCGUGGUUUCGCUUUUCUCGUAUUCGAUUCCAAAGAUAUUGUUGAAAGAAUUCUUUCUCAAAACGAUCAUUUUGUUAAAGGACGUAGAGUUGAUCCGAAACCAGCACAUCGUCGUCUAAAUGCAGCUAACAAUCAAAUGAAUAAUAUUACUAAUAAUAAUGUAUCAUCACAAUCUUCUCUAUAUGGUGUUGGCCCAACAUCAGCAGUGCCUUAUACCAAUAUGAUGAUGGGCGCAGGUGCUAGUGCAAAUCCGUAUAGUAAUAAUCGUAAAGUAUUCAUUGGUGGCCUUGAUCCAAGUUUUCCUGAUACAAAAUUACGAGAAUAUUUUUCAAAAUUUGGUCAAAUUGAUGAAAUCGAUCUACCAUACGAUAAAGAAAAAAAUGAACGACGUCCAUUCUGUUUUAUUUCAUUUCAAACUGAACAAGCAGCACAAGAAGUACUUCGUUUACAACGACAUACCAUUGGCGAUAUCAGUGUUGAUGUUAAACGUGCUAAACCAAAAACAAUGAACAAUCAACAACACCAACAAUUGCAACAACAAAUCUAUGAUCCAUACGGACAGCAAGCUACGUAUUCAAAUUAUGGAGCUGGCGUACCAUCGUAUGGCCAAAGUGCUGCUUAUCAAACACAGGAUGCCUAUACUCAUUGGAAUGCUUACACAUACAAUCAACAGGCAAAUCCUGCAACAUACCCAUAUGGUAGUUCUGGUUCAACAGGUGCUCCUAGCCCUGGACCAUCAUCUUAUUCUCAAUAUCCAGAGCAUCAAUCGAAUUCUCAGUAUCAAUAUACAUCAUCGACCACAGCAGUAAAUCCCAGCGAUUAUUACUCUCAAUAUGGUUACGGGGCUCCACAAACAACAGGUGUUUAUGCUGAACCCAAUGCCUAUAGCGCUAGCUAUGAUUAUUCCUCAUACUAUCCAUCAAUGAAUACAGGUAUGAGUGGUACAAUGGGCGAUAGUGCUACUGGACAGCAAACAGGUAAUUCACCGGGUAAUCAAAAUGAUUAUGAUCACGACAAUCACCAUGGAAAAUCCAAAACAACCAUUGUUGCCAGUCCUACUUAUCAUCCGUAUUCUCGAAGUUAG